AACAGUCGUGAUUGUUACAAUCCACAAGUUAAAGUCAUUAAUUUGGUCAGUCAGUUGACAUUUUAGUUCAGCGUCUGCAUCAGUCAAUCACAUUAUGCCGACAUGCCAGGUAGCUGCAGACUUACUGGCGCCAGCAGGACGUGAGAAAAAAAAACACCAGCUCGCCUCUAUUAAGCUCAAUUACAACCUCCAUCAAGUUUCUAUCAUUCCGUUGAGAACUUUGCAUAUGCAAAUAGAAAAGUACGUGUGCUCCACCCAUAAGGUUCACCGGAAGGGCCAUGAGAGGCGAGACCUACUGGACACGUCUGGAGACUUCUGCGUGGACACGUUAUGGCGAACUUCUCGGUGGAGUGGCUCUCUCAAAGUUUUUAUGCAAAGGAAAAGGACGCUGCUGGGAUUACUCUGCAGAAAACUGUUCAUUCGAAUUUGCAGGAUGACGAGCCAAAAAGCUCCCCACCGUCACCGAACAAUAGCUGCGGUUACACUUCCAGCUCAGAAAGUGAAGCGGAAGAGGAAGGAGAAGUUACCCAGCAACGGAGGAUGAGGACGAAAUUCACCUCUGAGCAAAUCAGGAAGCUCGAGAGCACUUUUAACAAGCACAAAUAUUUAGGAGCCUCACAGAGAAGGAAGAUUGCAGAGAAGCUCGACCUCUCUGAAACUCAGGUGAAGACGUGGUUUCAGAACAGGCGGAUGAAGUUAAAGCGAGAGGUGCACGAGAUGCGGCCUGACUUCCUCUCCGUGCGCGCGGUUCUACUGCCGCCUGCCUUGUUUCAGCACCACGCCCUCGGAGGACAGUUCCACGGCAGCAACGCCUUCUAUGCUCCCCUCCCGAGUGUGCACCGGCCUUCGAUCCCGCGCCGCCACCAUUUUACCAUGCCCAAGCCGUUCUACUGACCUGAGCCACAAAUCUGUCCACCACACACACACACACACAC